CCUCAAUUAAGCCUCACCUCCUCUUCUUCUUCAAUUGUUUUCUCUCAAUUUGCAACCCUGGCUAAUCCUUGGUGGACCGGUCAAAUUGGCCUGGCAGGCCUCGACCCUUCAUCCAAUUUACCUUCCCUCAACAAGGCUAAUCGAGAACUCUCCAUCAAUGAAACCAGCAACAGGAGUGGCAGCAGAGGCGAUGAUGACGAAGAUAGAGACACUGGCGAUGAACCUAAAGAGGGUGCUGUUGAAGUUGGUACUCGUAGACCCCGUGGCCGCCCUCCCGGAUCCAAAAACAAACCAAAACCACCCAUUUUUGUCACCCGGGACAGCCCUAAUGCCCUCCGCAGCCAUGUCAUGGAAGUUGUUGGUGGAGCUGAUGUAGCUGAGAGCGUAGCACAGUUUGCCCGGAGGCGUCAACGCGGCGUUUGUGUGCUCAGCGGCAGUGGCUCAGUGGCCAACGUAACCCUAAGACAGCCUGCAGCACCAGGUGCCGUAGUGGCACUUCAUGGAAGGUUUGAGAUCUUGUCCUUAACAGGGGCCUUUUUGCCUGGACCUGCCCCACCUGGUUCCACCGGGCUGACAGUGUACCUGGCUGGCGGACAAGGGCAAGUCGUCGGAGGAAGCGUGGUGGGUUCACUGAUAGCGGCGGGGCCUGUGAUGGUCAUUGCAGCAACAUUUGCUAAUGCCACUUAUGAAAGAUUGCCAUUAGAGGAUGAUGAGGAAGCUGUUAAUGGUGCGCAGGGACAGAUCCAGGGUGGGUCUAGUAAUUCACCUCCACCUAUUGGAAGCAGUGGAGGACAAGCUGGGCUGCCAGAUCCCUCUGCGAUGCCGUUUUAUAAUCUACCGCCGAAUCUAAUUCCCAAUGGAGGUCAGUUAGGGCACGAUGCCUAUGCUUGGGCUCAUGCGAGGCCGCCUUGUUAAAUAGAGGAGAUAGAGAGAAUAAGAGAUUUUCAGGCUCCUUCUAUUGUGUUGUACUCAAAGGUAGAGAUAAAAAAUUAUUAGAAAGAAAAAUAGUAGAAGAUAGAGUUCUGAAGAAGAGAAAUCAUGGUUGUGAAUGUAUAUUAAAACUUGAUUUUACCUUUUCUCUUUUCUCUCAUCUGUUUGCAAUAAAAGUAUGAUUUCUGCUUUCUUAA